UUCCAAAUCAGUAUACCAUUGGAAGCUUCCAAAUCAGUGUUCUUACCUAGUGGCUAAGAAUUUGAUAUUUGUGAGAAGUGUGCUCUCUUCUUUCGGCUAUCUUUCUUGGCAUUCUGAUCAAGAAAACUAGUAUCUACCAUGGCUGUUGAUUAUCUGCCUAAACAUUUGGUACUCAACAUCUUGUUCAGAUUACCCGUCAUAUGCCUCAUCAGAUUCAGAUGCGUCUGCAAAUCUUGGUGUGCUCUCUUUUCUGAUCCUAAUUAUAUAUAUAAGAACCUACUCUCUGAUUCUGAUUCUGAAGAUUUGAAUGCCAAUCCCCGUGUCCUUGUCAAAUUUGAGGAUUAUAACGCUGAGGAUUUUGAGGAUUAUGCUUUUUCCUUCCUCUCCUCUGAUACAUUCGAUUUGUCUGCUCCUCAGGAGAUACCAUAUCCAAAGGAUAUAAUUGAAAAAUGUUCAUUUAUUGACAUUGUGGGUUCUUGCUGUAAUGGUUUAAUUUGUCUCCGUGAUGUAUAUUACGUUGAGGAUUUGCUAGGAUUAUGGGAUGAUAUUUAUGACUCUGAAAGUAACAUCGUUCUAUGGAACCCUACAACCACAGAAACUAAGAUCCUACCUGAAUCGAACGUUCCGCGUCCUCCUCAUCAUUCUAUUUCAUUGGAAAUAGUAGAAUUCGGAUUUGACCCAAGAACUAGUGAUUGCAAAGUUCUCAGGAUUUUCGAAUAUUCAUCUCUUGAUUCCCAAUGGGAUUACCUGGUGGAGAUAUAUAGCCUAAGGGAUGAUACAUGGAGAAAAGUUGAUGUCACUUUGAAUGCUUGGAUUUUGCCUUCUUAUAAAUAUUGUGAUGGCUUUUUUAAUGAUCAUAGAGGCCAUACGGGUGCAAAUGGUACAUUUCAUUGGAGGACAAGAUACCAUAGUCCUGAAGAUGUAAUUGUUUCUUUCGACUUGUGCAAUGAGGUUAUCAAAACAACAGGUCUACCAGAUCCUGUCGAUUCUUUUGAGUCAAUUUUUUCCUUGAAUGAGUAUGUUGCUCUGCCCCUCCAUGUUCCUUAUCAUGUUGAGUUGUGGGUAUUGCUUGAAUAUGGAGUUAAAGAGUCUUGGACUAAAUUAUUUACCAUAGCAUACCCUGAGGUUAUGCGCCCGUGCUUGCCAUUGGGAUUUUCAAGGAAUGGUGAGCUAUUUUUUUCAGAUUUGGGUGGGCAGCUGCUGGUUUGGAACCCUACUACGGAAGCAAUUGCCCGUGUUCAAGUGGGUGGACGUGUACCAUGGAAAUCCUUGCAAACUGUCACUUACAGGGAGUCCCAUAUUCCAUUGAAAGGUGGAAACCAAUUAGAAGAUGAGCAAAAUUCCGGAGAUGCAAUUCAAAGUUGAAGCUUCUUUCAUUAGAACUCUAGUGCUUGGUUUGAUCUCACUUGUGCAUCCUAUCUAUCAUGUCUUUAUAAAUGUCUCUCAUUGAGUGCCUUUUAUUCGUAUUUUUAUUCCUCAACUAUCUUCUUUUAUACUAGCUCUAUAAUAUACUCUUAAACCUUUAAUAGUUUGUUGUAAUUAAAUUUCUCUUCUUCCAUCUAUUAUAAUUCGUACAAAGUUUUAAUACUA